CAACAAUUAUUUUACAUCCAGAUUGAUUUGGUUUUAUUGAUUCAAAUUUUGGCAGGUUUUUUUAAAAACACUCUUGUGUAAGGUGUGUCAAACUUACCAGACGUUUUGGGGGCUUUUGUGGUAAAUCUUAAAUUUCCGAGUGUGUACUUUUUUUUAUUUUAAGGAAUUGCAUAUGUGCUUCGACUUCAACCACUUUUUUUCCACAUGGCAUUUGUACUUUACUUCUAUACUUUGGUACACAGUGUGUGUACCUCUGGCCCUUGUGAUGGUGUUGCUGCCCUUAGGUGGGUCACCGUCUUGAUGCUAGACAGUCCAGUCCGAGUGCCCCCCCUACCCCCACCACCACCACGCGGCGCACACGCAGCCCACCGCGCGUAGCGUGCGUCAGUCUUUGUGCAUCCCCCGUGGACUGAACACGAUGACACGCUGAACAAAGAACGCGGCCGUGAUGCGCCAAAAGCGAGAUUAUUCCACCUUAAAUGGCGUCGCGAGCGCCAUCUUCGGUCCACCUUAAGCGCACAUUGUGGGCAACCGACGCAGAAGUACCGAGCGGGCUUCCGUAGCGGCUCUCCAGCCGGGGAGUCGCACUCCGCCGAAGCAGCUUGAACACAGCAGCGCCACUUGAGGAAAAACAAAUACUGUACACGCGUUCUUUGGCCGAAGCCCGCCGAGAGCAGAACAUGUCCGGACCCAACAAGUACCAAGAGUGGAUACUGGAAACCAUCGAUUCCCUCCGCUCGCGGAAAGCGCGCCCGGAUCUGGAGAGGAUUUGUCGAAUGGUCCGGAGACGACACGGGUCAGACCCGGACCGAACAAGGGCAGAACUGGAAAAACUGAUCCAAGAGCAGACUGUGCUUAAAGUUAGCUACAAGGGCUCCAUCUCGUACCGGAACGCGGCCAAGGUGCAGAGGAAAAGCCGAAAGAAGAGUGAAGAGCCUCAGAACAACAACAACGGCGACAGUGCGCUCAGCUUCACCGACCAGGAGGACGACGCGGAGCCCAGCCCGUCUCAGCAGCAGACAGCGACCAGCAAGCAGCAGCAGCAGCACCACUCCCCCACCGACCCGCCGAGCGGAAACGGCAGCAUCUGGGGCGAGGGGACGGCGGCGGCGGCGGCCCGCCUCGGAGGGCAGCAGAAAGCAAGUGCAUCCACGGGAGCACGGGCGGUCCGUCCCGGCCACGGCGAUGCCUCCGGAGAUGACACGCACGGCCAAACUUACGCAGGAGACGCCGGCACACGCGAGCCCAAACUUCCAGCCGAGCUGGCAACGGCCACCGGAUCCAACUCGAACCUGGGCGACCGGCUGGUGGCUUCGGUCCGCAGCCUGUCCGAGAGAAGCCUCCGGGGGACCACCGCCGCCGCCAACAAAGGCCCCGUGAAGCCGCUGGGGCUCAAGGAGAUUUUGGGCUAUCUGAGCAGCCAAGAGCGCCUCUCCGAGGAGAAGCUGACCAGGGGCAAAGUCAAAAUGGUCAUGGAGCGAGAGCUGGCCAGGGGCAGGCUGCGCAGGACCCGCUGCGGGAACAUUACUCUUCCUCUCGGGAGGCUGACGACCACCGCGCUGGCGUCCGCCGGGACCCUCGCAAACGUGAAGCAGAGCGAGCCAAUGGAAGAAGCCGGUGAAGAAGAUGGUGUGUGUGAGGACAGUGAGGAAGAGGAGGGUCCCAGGAGUUCUAAUGAGGCAGGAGGUCCAUCCCUAGUCUCCAUGACAACCACAGCAGCACUGGUCAGGAAAGCCCGUGAAGACCGCAACAACCACAAAGCGUCGGAAGAUGAGGAGAACCUCUGUCGUCGGCAUCGCCACAAAAUCAUGGAUCCACACAGUAGGACUGGGUGUCCACCUCCUUUGGGUGCGUCGCCUUCUCUGUGCAUCACAGCAAAUGUGGGGAAAAAAACUACUACACGUGAUCAGCCACCUAUGGAGAUGCAGAGUCAGAUCCAGCACACCCAGUCACGCUUUGAUGGUGUUGAAUGUAAGACAGAAGUAGGCAUGUCGUCAUGCCUCCUCACGCCUACGGCCUCCCCAAGAGAUAGUGGCCUGUCUGAAGAACACGGGAUGAACGGCGGCGUCACUAAUGGGGGGUUUGUAAAAAUGGAAGGGGGCAGGAGGACUCCUGUGGACUGGACCGUAUCCGACGUGGUGACUUAUUUUACCUUAGCUGGUUUCCCUGAGCAGGCCGCUGCCUUCGGCUCACAGGAAAUCGACGGGAGGUCUCUUCUCCUCAUGCAGCGGAAUGAUGUUUUGACUGGUCUGGCAAUCAGGCUAGGCCCCGCCCUCAAGAUCUAUGAGCGUCACGUGAAGGUUUUGCAAAAAGCACACUUUGACGAUGACGAAUGCACUUGAAACACAGACAGGCUCAAACUCAUAUUACAAACCCGCCCCUCCCCCCAAUAAACGUACGCACUUAACUUCCUUGAUUAAAAAAAAAAAAAAAGAAACAUUUUAUAUCAGUCAGUGCACAAACAAUCAAUGUCUCUUUAGUUACUGAGAGACUUUAAAAAAAUAACUCAUUAAAAAAAAAAACAUUUCUUUGCCAAACUGUUUGUUUUGGUUUGUGUCCAGCCAUCCAUUUUUCUAUCGUGCUUGUCCACAAACAAACAUCACACUAACAUUCUUUGGUGGGAAUUAAAUGAUACAACACAGUAAUACUCAUUGUUAAUUUACUUCUUCUCUGGCAGUACAUAUAAGACAGCAUUAUCUUUUUUUUAAGCAGAAUGUUCUUGCACAUGAUCCUCUCCAAGUGUACCUAGUACUGUGGUUGGUGCUCGAUGCUAUGUAUCUUGAAGAAAUCUGGUACUGUAGAGUUCUCAGCAAAAUGCAACAACAUACAGUAAUUUUUCCCUCACGCAGACAAUUUCUUUCAUCUAUAACAUCCAAGAUUUACCAGCUAAGUCAACCGGACUAUAACAUGUUGAGUGUAAGUAUGUAAAAAUAUUCAGGCUUCUUUGGCAAGAAUUUGUAAAUCACAAAAUAAAUGAUACAAUUGAAAAAAAUACGUUCAAGUACAAUAAUUCAGCUGCUCUCAUUGGGCAGCCUUUAAAUCGAGCUCACAUGCAGAAAACAUUACAGCUUCUACAGUUUUACAGCACACGAAUGCAUAUUUUGUAACUCAAAUCUAUAUAUUUGUUUUAUGAAUGUUGUACUCGACAAGCAUUACUACCUCUUUCUUUUGUCUCAUUCCGCCUUUCAACCUUCUCUUCAAUGUCCAAGAGCACAUUUUCACUUCCCGUUGAGAUAUUUGAAGAUCCUUUUAUAUACAGUUCUGUAUGCCCGUAAGUGUUAAAACAUCUUUGAUUCUUACGUGCUGCAUAAAAUCAAAUUCUGUCAUACCUGCUGUUUUUUUGCCAACCUUUCAUAAUAAAACUGUGAAUAAAAGAACUCACUCGUGUGCCUCUCUUGUGUACGUUCAUGCUCUACUCCGCCAUGUUGAGAGCAGUGUAAGUACUACAAUAACUGUGCUCAUAUUUGAUACUUCAGGCCUGUGCUUGUCGAUAGUUCUGUAUACAACUAAGAAGUUAAUAUUAUUUGUAACAACACCACACUUUUGGUGAAUAGGACAAACUCAUGAUGCUCGGAUUUUUUUUCCUAUACAUUGCAGUAGGUCUUUGGUUCUAAAUACAAGCAGGGUAUCCGUUAAAUACUCUCAGGUCUGCCUUUAUUAUUGACUAGAAUUCUAACAAGCAGCGAGCAGAGUAAUGAUGUAGCUUCAUCGCAAACACGGCUUUAAGGUUAAGUAAGUCAAAGUAUCGCACAGACCUUUU